AAAAGCUUUUGAUACUAAAAAUAUUUCAAAAAUAACCAAUAUAGAUAAUCAAUAAUAAAAUGUAAAUACUAUUUAAAAUAACUAAAAUUAUUAGAUUCUGGUAUCACCAUAGCAGAUUCAAAAAAAUUAAAAACUUAGAUCUUAGAGCAUAUUUUUUAACUUUCAAACUUAAUCAGCUAUUACUGACAAUAAAAUGAAUGUUUAAUAAGACCUGGACUAUCAAAUUAAAUUUCAAACCCUUUUAUCAAAUAUAAAAGUAAAUCAGACAAAUGCUAAUGAAAAAAUUAAAGACCAGAUUAAAAAAAAAGAAAACUUAUUAUAAAGUGAAGAUGCAUCAAACAUAUUUGUUUAAAUAGAUGACAAAAUCUACUAAAUUAAAUUAUUUAAAUUGAGUAAAAAACAUUCCUUGAGCUAUGAGAAUGAAAAUAUGCCAAGCAUAUUAUUUUUAAUUAAAGAAGCUGCUAUUUAAAGUUCUAGAAGUAAAGAUGAAAAUUCUAAAAAAUAUUAAACUCAAAUGAUAGCUUAGGUAUCUCAUGAGUUAAGAACACCUCUUAAUUGUAUUAUGCUGAUGCUUGAAUAAUUAUAGCAAAAAAUAAAUUAAGAACUGAAUAAGAAAUAUUUAAGGCCUUCAAUAAAUAGCUGUAAUUUGCUACUAAGUCUAAUAAAUGAUAUUUUGGAUCUUGCACAGAUAAAUGCAGGAAAAUUUACAUUUAUUUUUUAGAAAUUUCGUUUGUCAAAGCUUUUAAAAGAAACUAUAAAAUUGCUAAAAUAAAAAGCUUAAUUGAAGGGGAUAGAUAUGAUUUUAGACUAUGAUAAAAGCAUUCCUAGAUAUAUUAUAUCUGACCCUAACAGGUUAAGAUAGAUCUUGAUUAAUUUGAUUGGAAACUCUUUAAAAUUUACAAGAAAAGGAAGUAUAACUUUAAAAACAACUUUGAUAAAUACUUAACCUGUCAGAAUGGACAUUUAGGUUAUUGACACAGGAAUAGGGAUUCCAUAAGAAAAAUAGGAAGAGAUUUUUAACUAAUUUAAUAAGAUCUAAGAUAACCAGAAUAAAUAACUAAACAGUAGUGGCUGCGGUUUAGGACUUAAUAUUUCAAAUUAAUUAGCUAAAGGAAUCAGUAUCAAUGGCCAAGGAAUCAGAGUUUAGAGUCAAGUAGGACAAGGCUCUACUUUUAGUUUUUACUUAGAAGAUAAAUAAAUAUUAAAAUAAACUGAAAAUUAUAUCGGAUAUUAUAAAAAAGAUAGAAGCAACCCAAAGUAAAGCAAAUAAAACAGUAAAAAAGACGAGAAACAGAGAAAAAGAAGCAAAUCGAGAUCAAUGAUUAGCCAAAAAUAGAUUUGUUAAUAAAAUGGUUAAAUUUUACCAAAUUAAAACAUAUCGAAAUUCUGUAUAUAAUAAGAAAGAAAUUUUGUUGAGUCUAACAUAUAAAAAAGAGGUUAAAAAUUUACAAAUAAUCCAAGUAAAGGAGUACCAAAUAUAAGUGGUGGCAAUAUUAGAAAGAUUUCAUCUGAUUUAGGGGUAGAUACGAGGACAAACAUAUCAUAUAAAAAAGAAGAAAUGUGCUCAUCCUCUUCAUUAAAGUAAAUCAGUACUUCAAAUAAAUAUUUACAGGAAGAAAAUCAGAAAAAGAAAAACUCAUCUCAAAAUAUAAAAAAUGAUAGCAGUUCUUUAUCAUCCUCUUCUUACUCUUCUUCUUAAUCAUCUCCUGAAUCGUAAAAAUCUUAAUGUGUAAAUAAAGAUAUAUGUAGAAAAUCAAGCAGACAAUCUUAAAUAAAAAGUGAGUAAAGAGAAAAAAAGUGCUCUAUAUUUGAUUAUAUGACUAAUCUAAGUUACAAUAGCAUCCGUUUUGACCAAUUAAGCAAUUUAGAUAAAACUCACAAGACAAAUAGCCAACAAAAACUUGGAUCAUUGCCUGAUACCAGUAACAAUAACAUAUCAAAUAAUAGAAAAUUUAGUUAAUUGAGUGCUAUAGUUUAAUCAUAGUAACAGUUACAGCAAGCAAAGCCACAAAUAAAGAAAACACAUAGAGUCUAAAAUAGAUUCAAUACUUAAAUUAUGAUUUCAAAACUACACCAAUUUGAUUUUUAAAAAAGGAAUGAAAUCAUUGUCUAAGAAUUAACUAAUUUUCAAGAUCAAUAAUAAUAAUAAAUCAAUUAAACGAAUAAUUCAACAUUUGAUUAGAUGAAAAAUUGCAUUGAAGAUGAAAAGAAUCAAAAUGCAAGCAUUCAAGAAAUAUCUUAAUUAGAAAAUUAUGAUGAAGAAUUUAUAGUUGAAAUAAAUUAAAAAUUAUCAGAAAGCACAAUAAAUUCAGAUAUUUAUCAAAAAGAUUUUGCAACUUAAUAAAGCCAAUAAAAUUUUGAAAGGAAAAGCAGUUUCUAUAAAAGAAGCUUCUCAAAUGAAAUAAGUUAAAUUAAGUCAAGAUCUAAUAAGGAUAUGCUAUCUGAUUACCGUAAAAAAACACAUAUUGGCAAGAAAGAUACAAUAAAUAUGAUUAAACAUUUCUAUGAGAACAUCCAAAAUACUUGUGAUUGUUUUAGAAUUUUAAUAGUAGAUGAUAAUCAAUUCAAUGUUUAAGCUUUGAAAUUAUUUUUGAGCACUUAUUUUUAUUCUUCAAUAGAUGUAGCUUUUGAUGGUGAAUAGGCUAUAGAAAAAGUAUAAAAUUAUCUAAAUUUAAAUUCAGAAUGCGGCUGCAGAGAAUAUGAUUUGAUAUUCAUGGAUAUAGAGAUGCCUUUGCUAGAUGGUUUUUAGACAUCAAUCUAAAUCCACAAAAUAUUAUCAGAUAAAAUUAAUAAUCCAAAGACAGUUAUCAUAGCAUCAUCUGCGAAUGAUGAAUAUCAAGAAAGCAACCUAAAAAAGUAUAAAAUUGAUUAUUAAAUAGAAAAACCUGUCAAAAAAAAGUAAUUAGAAUAAGUAUUAAUAAAAUGGGCAAACGACAUAAAAUUUUUAUUAGCAAUCACAUCUUCCCUUAGAAAUAUAGAGUUUAAUUGAAUGUUUAAAUUCUAAAGAUAGAAUAAUAAAUUCAAUAAAAUGUAACAAAAAUAUAUCAAUUAAUUAAUUAAUAAAAAAUACGUUUGCAAUAAAGAAGUGUAACUUUAAUUUUAUCCUUUUUGAAAUAGAUAAUAAUCUCCUUAGAAAAUUUUUUGAAUAAUUAAUAAAAUUAUAUUGAGAAAAAAAAUCAGAUAUAUUAAUUAU